GGGGGCUGCCUGGCACCUCGCUCCUCCGACGCGCUCCUCGGGGCCUGGUUCUGAGCAGCCCGGGCUGCUCGAGGCUCGACUCCACGCAUCCCUGGUCUGCAGACACGUGGGCUCGAGGCAUCCGCGGAGCAGGCGCCGGCACCUCCCACGCGCCCCUCGCGGGGCGCUGGCCCCGAAGGGUGGCGUCGCCCGAGGGCGAUGCCGAGCAUAGAGGUCCACGUGGAGUGCCACGGCCCGGAGGCCCCCAGCCAGGGGCCCUGCGGCCUCGGCCAGCGGCCCCCGGCGUCGGUCAAGUACGCGAACCUGUUCGGCGUGCUGCAGCGGAGGCUCGAGCAGGACGUGGGCGCCAGCACGGGCGUCAAGAUCAGCGUGCGGCUGAACCCGGGGCCUCGCCCAGGGUCUCCUGCCGCGUCUUCUUGCGCGAGCAGUCUGGGGUGCGCCAGAGAGGGGCGGCUCGUACCUCGUAGGGGGCGCCAUGAUGACACGGGCUCGGCAGGUGUUCGUUACCCCAGGCUGGGUGCCUUCGAGGUGGUGGUGGUCGACCCAGUAGGCCUCGAGCCGCUGACCUCGCACUUCACGGCCUUCUCGAAGAUCGGGACGGGAAAGUGGCCCCUGGUGAAUGCGCUGUGCAAUAGGCUGAAUCAGGUGCUCGAAGCAGCAAAAAACGGUGAUGCGCAGGGGGUUGAAAGACUCAUCCGGCGCAUGCAGCAGAUCUCCGAGGGUGGUGGAGAUGCCAAGGACGGCAUGCACCUCAAUCGCUGCGCUAGCAUGCCGGCGGCGGCGCUGCACAGGCAGCCGUUCCUCGCUGGGGUCGGCCGCGGCGUCAAGCAACAGGCCAGCUGCCAGGCGGCUUGGCAGCGCGGCCCCGCAGCCGUGCGGCCAGCUGCCAGACCUGGGACAGCCGUCGGCCGGCCUGGGUAUCCUGCAGGCGUUGGCUUCGCCAGUUUUCCCUCGCUGACGAGGCCGUCCUCGGCGGGCGUCUUGCGCCGAACUGGCUCCAAGCCGGCCCGUCCGCUCUCGGCGGCUGGGUCCCAGGAGGCCGUGGCAGUGCGAGGCAGACGGGUCCUCCAGAUCGAGUCGCUGAGCGGGUUCUGGCGCAGCACCGACCCCGUGGACUCCUUGCUCAUAGAGGGCGGAAAGGUCAAGUGGGCGAGCCGCCCUGGUCUGAAGCCUGGGAGUCUGAGGGCCGUCGGUCCCGACAGGGUCGUCUUUCAGUACUUCCAGAGAGAAGUGCAGGGCGCUCUGGAGGGAGGCCGCCUCGUGUGGGAUGACGGCGGCGUCUGGGUACCCCACGAGCAGGCUGGCAGCAGCCCGCUGCAUCCGUGCGCCCUCGACGUGCAGGCGGCAGGGCAGGCCGCCGGAGGCGCCCAGGACGUCGGCAGCAGCGCGAUGACCCCGGAGGACCUCCUGGACCAGCAGGCCGAGGACCUCGCGGCGUAUAUUGGCGACUUGGCUAUGGAGGUGCCGUCGGGGCGGACGCCAGUGCUGAAGGACCUGGUGGGCCGGCUCUUCCACAAGCACGGCGAGUCCGCGCGGCCCCGUGACAUCGUCUCCCAGCUGAGGGGCCUGCCGGCACUGGAGGAGCAGCUGGACAGGGACGGCUUCAGGGCGCCCCUGUACAGCCUGGGCGUGAAGACGGGGACGCCGCUGAACCUGAGCGCCCUCUUCGCGGAGCUCUCCCACGGCGCCCCCCCCACCUGCAGCAUGUCGAUGCUGAUCGAGGCCCUCGAGGCGCGGUGGCCCACUGUGGUGCCCCUGCCGCGCGCCGAGGCGGGCCGCGGCACCGCGCGCAGCAGCGCCUCCGGCUCCUCGGCGAGCGCCUCCGCGCCCUCGGGGGGCAGCGCGGGCGGCGGGCCUCGCCGCCCGGGGCCGCAGCGCGGCCCGCCUCCUCCGGCCGAGGGGCGCGCGCCCCCGGCGCCCGCGAGCCCGCCGGCGCCGCGGCGGGGGGCGCAGGCCACGCCGCGCGAGGACGUCGAGGAUGGUGCCUACAGCGAUGAGGACAUAGACGCCGAGGGGGCGGGGCUGGGCCAGCGUCUCGAGCAGUCUUCGCCGACGUCGUCGGCCGCGAGCCGGCUGGGACUCCAAGAGAGGGCGCAGGCCACGCCGGGUGAGGACGUCGAGGGUGAUGAUUACAGCGAUGAGGCCUUCGAGGCCGAGGAGUCUUCGGCAGCGUCGUCGGCCGCCGCUCGGAUGGACCUCCAGGCGAAGGAGCGGGCUGGGCCAGCUGAGGACGUCGAGGAUGGCGCCCACAGCGAUGAUGACAUCGACGCAGAGGCGGCGGGACCAGGCCAGCAUCUCAAGGAGCCAUCUGCCUCGUCGUCGGCCGCCCAUCUGCUCGAGCUUCAGGAGGCGGCGCAGGCCACGACAGCUGAGGACGUCGAGGAUGAUCUUUACAGCGAUGACGACUUCGAGGCCUAG